CCAUUUGGCCACCGUCCGUUCCGCAGCCAUAACCACCAUCAAUAACGCUCACGAACUCGCCUUUACACCUUUUCGGAAUCCCAUAACACCAAGCAGCAACCGACGUUACCGAAAUACGAUAGCGAUUAUCCGAAGAACUCGAAGACUUGGAAACAGUCAAAGUAUUUCGACAAGACGCGAUCGGUUGCAUAUCAAAACUGCACAUGUAACACGAAGAACUUGGUCCACAAUUGAUUGAUCAUCCGCAUACCCGACGAAUACACGCAAGGUCCAAAUUCAAUUCGCCUCAAAACCCGACCACCGCGAUACAUAACGACGACACCUGCGAAAACAGAAACAGAAAUCUAACAAAACUUACCAGACGAAAGGCGUGUCUGAAAAUCUUGGUCUAGUUCAUUCGGAAUUUGCACGACAGCGUGCGACACGCGAGUGCCCAUAGAGUUCCCAACCUCGCCCCGGUGCCUCCGCGUCCAUGAGGAUCGCGGCCUAGAAUCACGGAUGCAUACCCGGCGACAACCGACGGCUUGUGAUCAUUGUUGCAAGUAGAGUUAGCAAAAGCGGCUGGCCGCCUUAGCCACCUCUGCUACCAGUCAUGGAUCCCCUCGAGGCCCGGCAGCUGAUACCAGCAGCGCCUGGCAGCGACGACGAAGGGCGGACCUCACGGGCACGCCUCUGUCAGGCCGUCAACUUACCUGCUAAUGGCGCCCUGGUCAUGCCAAAUGGCGAGGUCAUCACUCUGACAGCCCCGGCUGCCUUUAAACCUGCAUGUGCGCCCAAUACCACGCCCGCCAUCAUCGCUGGUCCCGGUGGCACCACUGGGGCGGGUGUUGAUGACGCGGCUCACGUCGGUCCACAGUUUUCUGACCUGAGCGAUCCGUUCUACGCAUCAACUUUCCCGCAAUGUUACGCGCUUGCCGCUACUACCGUCAUCGCAUACACACUGGUCAUAAUGUUGGUCAUUACCCCUCGAUCUUUCUUGGACGGUGGGAUUGUUGUGCUUGGCCGUCGAGGCUUCACGAGCGGUGGUUCUGGGCACGGAAUCAUCGGUGGCCGCCCUUGGCUGCAAAAAGUUGCGGCCCUUACGGUUGCGAUAUCCCUCACCAUUGCGACCGCCGACACUUUCAAAGUAGCGGAGCAGCAGUACGCCUUUGGCCUGCAAAAUGCCCGCGAGCUCCAGGACAAGGUUCUCAACGGUACCGAACUCAAGAUCAUCCGUAUAAUUUCGGACACAUUCUUGUGGCUCGCCCAGGCCCAGACCUUGAUUCGCUUAUUUCCCCGACAAAGGGAAAAGGUCAUCAUCAAGUGGACGGCAUUUGCACUCAUCACUUUUGACCUGAUAUUCGAUUCUCUCAACAGCUUUCAGUUUCCUGGCCCGGGGAACUCGAGGCCUGGCAGCUUCACAGACGCAAUUCCUGCGCUUAGCUAUCUGUUUCAGCUCGCUCUAGGCGUUUUGUAUGCCGCGUGGGUGAUUUAUUAUUCUUUGAUGAAAAAGAAGUAUGCGUACUAUCAUCCCCAGAUGAAGAACAUAUGCUUCGUUGCGGGGCUUUCACUUCUCAGCAUCCUCGUCCCUGUUGUUUUCUUCAUCUUGGAUAUCUCAAAGCCAGAAUUUACUGGCUGGGGUGACUAUGUGCGGUGGGUAGGAGCGGCGGCGGCGAGUGUUAUUGUUUGGGAGUGGGUUGAGCGCAUCGAGGCGUUGGAAAGGGAAGAAAAGCGAAACGGCAUCCUGGGUAGAGAAGUCUUUGACGGCGAUGAGAUGUUGGAGACGGAUUCGGAUGCGACAUGGCCUCAAAGAAGUCGCGCUACGAAAGGCCCUCACGGCGACGGGGAUGACGACGACGAUGAUGGAGAGGGCGGCCGCCGUAUUGCUGUCGGUGACGGCACUGGCCGUCGACGGGCCAGAAGGGCCAACGGGUCCCACGAUAGUCUUGCAGCCGACUCUGGGCGUGGGAGGAACCACACGCAACUGUGGACAUCAAUCGCCAGUCGAUACAGGUCACGGCCAAACAAUGGGGCCGACGUAUCCGAGACGGAGAAAGACAACACUCGCCAAACAUCUAAGAAUGUCAGGCCAGCAGCUGCAAGAUUUCUCCAGCCUCCUUUGUGGCCAGCAAGGCCACCACCUGCGGCCACACCUGUUAGCAGGACCGAUACCGCCAGCGCCGAUAGCACGGUAUACGCAAUCAGAUACCAUCCACUAACCGAUGUGCACUCGAGAACGACCACACGGCCGACGCCACCGCCGCAACUCUCCACAGAGCGUCAGUCUGCGGUGGUAGACGUCUCUGGCACACCUACAGCCGUUGAAGACGUCAGAUCUCAUGAUCAACCUUCGGGGUCUCAGUCCGCCUCACCAUCACCACCACGAGAUCAGCAAUCGCCAGGCCCGCCAAACCUCGUGAGGCUUAGCAGAGAAGAGACUAGACGGGAACGAAGGCAAAGCCUGGCUACCACUUCGAGGACAGGUACCCGGGUUGGGCCUGACUCGGACGAUCCAUCAGCAUCAUCUCAGCAAGGCGGAGAAAGCAGCCGUGGCUCAGAAAGUACAGCAGCCAAAGGAUGGCGGACUUUGGCUCAAACGUUGCCGUUCCGUGGUGGGACCGCACGCUCGGCCGAGGACUCAUCUGAUAGCCAAUCGACCACCAGCAAAUCUAGAUCAAAGUUGCAGGUAUCACGAGAAGGAAAGUCUGAUAGGUGGGACUUGCGAAAUCGUAUGGAAGAUUUUGCGGUCACUCAAGCAGAGAGGAUUCGGGAGAGGAUUCGGCCAACACCAGACACGGACAGCCUCCCCGUUACAGUGAUUCCUGCCCCGGCGAGGCGAGGAGCGGCGCUAGCCCAGCUCCUCGAGGAGGACGAAUCUCGACAGGGUUCGGGACGGCCCCGGCCUCAAGAUGACGAAAGGCCGAUUCUUGGAUCGCCGACAUUGCCAAGCUCCGGUCAAAGGCAAAACAGUAUGGGGCCAGAGCCAUUAUCAUCGAAUGAUGAUCUAUCAGAUUCACACAUCCCACCUCCGGCGGUGGUGCGGGCUGCGUCUCGAGCCAACACAAGUCGAUCGACUACCAGAGAUCGACCGCCGGAGCCUUGAGAGGAUGAUUGAUUUGGCUUUGGUUGGUAUAGUUUCGGCGUUACAUGUAGCGUAUAUACGGUGUGCAUAAUGGAUUGAUACCUGAGAUCUACGGAUAUCUCUGCUUUCUUUCUUUUUACUUUUAUAUUUUAUGUUUUGAGUUCUCCCAGGCGUCAUUUUUUGGCUUGGUUUGGGAGACAUAGCUGUGUCUUACCCGUAUGACACGACAAGCCUUCUUUUUCUUUCAGUCUAUAAUGUUCAACUUGUAUAUCCAGCGAAUGUUAGGGAGAGGAUGGGGAAAGAAGAAAAAAUAAGAAACAGAAGGGAGCAUCUGCGCGGUAUGUGCAAGGGCCGCACAAGGCAGGGUGGCGUUUGGGGUCCAACUUUGUGGUUGAGUGGCCGAGGCCGAGAACCAACAAACAAAGGGUUGUAUUUGGAAGUUAUGACCGCCAUUUAAGGCUGUUAUUCAUUGGAGCAUUGGCGGGCGUUCUUAGAGAGUAUAGCGGUUAUUACGAGUCAGCUUGAGCACGGUUUAGCCUGGAUGAUUUUUCAAGUUUUAUUCAUAUCGGUAUUUCAAUGUCGUUUUUUUUUUUUGCCAAAUGAGUGUUGUUUGUAUUGCAA